UUGUAGAAUUGGGCAUUUGUGAAAAUCAAGCCAACCCAUCAUGUCAGACGAGUUGGGUGAUUUUCAUUCGAGGAGCAACUCGACGAGAAGCACGCGUACUCUGCGCAGCAGCGGACUGGACGAGAGGCAUCAGGAUUCUAUUAUCCCGCAACUCCAGGUACCAACUUCUCCCUCGAGUAUCAAACCGAUGCACGCGGGCCUGGUGAGCGUGAGCGAUGGCAAGUCUCGGCCGCAGCAGCGUAAGCUCAUCCUCACGUCGGACUCCCUCAUCCUGCAGCGCGAGACAACCGUCAUGGCCGGGCGCGACCCUAACGACGGUCCAGAUGGAAGGAUCCGGAGAGUUCGCGUCGUUCGUCAGAGAAACUCCGGACUUGGACUGAGUAUAAAAGGCGGAGCAGAACACAAAUUGCCUAUUCUCAUAUCAAGGAUAUUCAAAGACCAGGCGGCAGACUUGACUGCCAGGCUCUUUGUCGGUGACGCCAUCUUGAAAGUGAACAACAAGACGCUGCUACGCUGUACUCAUGACGAGGCCGCGGACGAGCUGAGACGUGCUGGAGAAGAGGUGACGCUCACCGUCCGCCACUACAAGGCUGCCACGCCCUUCCUCAACAAGGCUGCUGAUUCGAACUCGGAUCUUUCGAACCAGACUCAGCUGCAGCCAGAUUCCGGCUGGCGCUCGCCAUCUAACCCGAACUCACCGACGUCAGACACCACCAAAACUGCAUCCUCCACCACAUCUCCAAGCAACGAACCCUUAACCAAUAAACUAUCCUUAGAUUCCAAUAAAGCAUCACCGAACACCACUAACCUCAAUAAAGUGAACUGCUCUCGGCAUAACAGCGUUACUGGCUCGAGUUUGCACAGCGAGGUCACGGCUUCCAUGUCCGAUGCUCUCUGCAAUGGCGGGCAGAUGGAGAAGCAGUGGAUCGACGUAGUCACGGUACCGCUGAUGAUGGCGUACAUCACGCGCUACAUCUUCGGCACGGACAAGCUCAGGCCUCACGCGUUUGAGGUGCGGGGCAUCGGCGGGGGCAGCACUGGGGUGGUGCACUGCGCUGACGCGGCGGUCAUGUCUCAGUGGAUCAAACACAUCACGAACAACAUCAUCGGGCUCACCAAUCUACAGAUGAAGCUUUACAACUCCAGUUUCCCUGCGAACGAACACGUACUGUACAUGGGCUGGGUGUGCGAGGGAGUGAUCAACCACAACCUCCCCUGGCAGAGCUGGAAACCUAAAUUCAUCGCUCUUAAGGGCACCGACAUUUAUAUGUUCGACAACCCACCCCUGAACACUCACGACUGGGUGGAGAACGCGUCGGUAUGGGCAGUUCACCAGACGAUGUUCCGCAUCAUCAAAGAGAGCGAGUACGUGGAUGAGCGGCAGCACUGCUUCCUGAUACAGACGGCGCUACAGGAGAGCAAAUACCUCAGCGUAGAGACCAGGCAGGAUCUUCUCCGUAUCGAGAACGCCUGGCAUCGCGCCGUAUACAACGCAGUCACACGCCUCGGCAGCAAGACAUUCGCGGUAACGCAGCGAGGUCGGUCGUCAGGCUUAACGCUGGACUGGGCGCAAGGGUUUGCCCUGUACGACACCGAGAGCAGAGAGUAUCACUGGCGCUACAAGUUCUCGCAACUGAAAGGCUCCUCCGACGACAGCAAAACCAAACUAAAACUUCACUUCCAGAACGACGACAAGCAAAUUGAGACAAAGGAGCUGGAGUGCGCGACCAACCUGCAGAACCUGCUCUUCUGCAUGCACGCCUUCCUCACAGCCAAGGUCGCCGCCGUCGACCCAAGCUUCCUGAAGGGGAAACCAAAGACGCCGGCGUCUUAAGACGAAGAAACCAAAGACGCCGGGGUCUUAAGACGAAGAAACCAAAGACGCCGGGGUCUUAAGACGAAGAAACCAAAGACGCCGGGGUCUUAAGACGAAGAAACCAAAGACGCCGGCGUCUUCAAGUCCUCUGCAUGAGGCAGCAUCCACAAACGUUCGCCUGACGCUCGUACGUCUGCGAUGGUCGUAUUUUCGCGUGUUUUGUUGGCUGUGGUAAUUUCACUAAUUGGUUUAUAUCUGAUAAAGAAUAUAAGAUUUCUGAAAUCUACAAGCCGGUCGUUGAAAAAUUGUUGUUUAAAGUACUUCCUAAUAUUUUAGCUCCACGAGUAAAAAAAUUUGUAUUAUAAGAUGUCAUUCGAUCGCGAAAAUAUUAUUUGAAGAUGGUCAUCUGAGAGAGAAAUUAGUGACAGCUCUUCUGUCAAACGGCACUAGAAAAGUAUUCAACUGCAUUUAACAAAUUUAAUGCAAGAACAGGUAAUAUUUGUACAGUAAAUCUUGUUUAUUGCCAAUGCUUUGUUUUUGGUUUUGUAACAUGGAUGAAUGAGAUUAGCUUGUGGAUAGUGAAAUACUUUCUCAGAAAAACAUUCAGUAGCGAUUUUUAAGGCAAAAAUCAAUUAUAUAAUGCUUGAAUUUUUUGUAUGUGCUUCCCAAUUUAUUUUGACUCUCAGAAUCUCAGGCUAUUUUCCUAUAGAAAUAAGAUCCACUAAAUUGAGCACAGUCUUUUUCCUAAUGAUUUGUUUUUUGGCACUUGAUGUUGAUGGUCGGUGAGCACAAUUCUCCUCCCACCCUUGCCCUCAUUAACAUAAAAGAUCUCAUAGCUUUAAGGUAACCUUGUGAAAAUAGUAUUGACGAUCCGUUGUCGUUAGGAAUGUUAAAGAGAUUUACUCGUCCAGCGCGCACCGUAGCUAUUUAAAUGGUCAUAACAGUUCUUGUUGUGCAUCGUGAAGCGAGAUCCGUUAAGAAUGUUGUAUAUGAAUUAAUAAAUGCUUCGGUCGGAUACCUUUACGGUAUAGUAAAAGAAUUGUUAUUGAAUUGAAAUUAUUCUGAACGAAAAUAUUGUUGGCGGAAAAGCUUACGGUUUGUUAUGAUUUCUUAGAACGAAAGUGGCAACGUGCUAGCUCAUCCCUUACAUACGCUGCAGUCCACGAUAAACGCCAAAGGGUUUUCAGUAACAUUUCUGAAUUAUGUUGAAAAUUAUCCUUUUUUAUGAUGAAAACCAAGAGGAAAACGUAGGUUUCCACUGAAUCUGAAGCUCUGAAAAAAUACUGUUGUAGAAAAACAUUGUCGGAAUGUUAUACGCAUCUAGUUUCAUGAGAGAACGUUGCAUAUCAAGCGACCUAAAGAAAUAUGGCGGCUGUUGUUUUGUUGAAUUUUCAAUGUCUUCCUUUGGCUACAAUGACGAAUGCGUUUAUUCCUUCAUUGUUGAAUUUUGAGAAGUGAACAGAAUUUCGGUAUCAUCACCAAGCUAACGAACUUUUAAAAACUCAGUCGUUAUCUCGUUGAUACGAAAUUUAUUACCUUUGGUGAAAAUAGCUGACAUAUUUCAACAAUAUAUAGUCAUGAAUUUUUCUUUUCAAUCCAUAAUCAAUGAAUCUUCUUAAAACUAUUCAAAUACUUACUUAGUAACUUUGUAGAGUUAACCCUCCCAUUGUGAGUCACGUGUUCGUGUUCGUGAAACUGUUAAUUGCGUUGCUAAAUUUUUGUGUUGAAAUUUUUAUACGAAGUUCAUCGGUUGCGAUUUUUCAUGUUUCGAUUUCGGUUAACUAAUUAAAAAAUUUUGUCUAAAAAUAAUUGAAACAAUCUACCUUUGUUGGUUCUUCGCUCUGCAUGUCUCGUGAGAUGCGACUCAGUAAUCAUCAAUUGCUUCUGACUCUAAUUUCACUAUAACUUUUAAAACCAAAGGGAAAUUGAAUUUUGUUUCGUUGUUAAAUUCUAAAAAUUACACACUAAGCAUAUUAGUUUACGGUUUUGUGUCAUUGCUGUUACAUGACAGCGCCUAACUUGUUCGUGACAUGUUUUCUUUCGUCACUCAAACUUGAUCCGUCGUGCAUAAUUCGAUCAUUCCGAUGAGCCGAAUUCAGUUAUUUAUGUUUAUUCAUUGGUCGAUCUUACAUUAUAAUAUGAAUUUUAA